ACACUUGUCAAUUAUCGCUCUCCACUACUGUGUACGAUGGAAAUGCCGGGCAGCGUGACAGAGCGAAAGCACGAUGAGGAGAUGCUUGAAAAAGCGGGAAGAUUUAUUAAUAAAUGUAUGCAAUUAGAUGCUUCUUAUCAGGAUUUGGGAGAAAAAUUUAAAGCCUAUGGAAACAGUGAAAUUACGGUCAGCGGUCAGCAAAAGAACGAUUACCCAAAUCAUGAGCAAUUUAAAAUACCAACUCGCCUUCAAUCUCCUGAUAUGGGAGCAACUUUAUUCAGUACAUCAUUUUCUAAGAAAAUGGACGAUCCAUCAAAUUACGAACUCAGUGAGCUACGACAUGUCCCCUUACCAGCGGAACUACACAAACAACUUUCGGGUACACAAUCAAUGUAUCAUAUGGGUCUAUUUCCGGAAAUAGAACGUGCAUGGUUAAGUGUUGAUAGCAAUCUAUUCAUUUGGAAAUAUACUGACAGUUCAGAUUUAGCAUUUUUCGAUACUUUAAAAGAAGUCAUUUUAUUAACUCAUUUAAUGAAACCUAAACCAGGAAUAUUUCAAAAGCAUAUUUCUCAUAUAUUAUGUUUGGUGACACCAUCUGAAAUAUCACUUCUCGGUGUUACGUUUUCCCGACCUGUUGCAGGCCAGGAAAUAGAACAGAAUAAUUAUGAUGAAAUGUUUGUCUUGCCUGAACCGUUAUUUGCACUUAAAACGGAAGGAAUACAAUUCACCCAAAUUACUUCGAGCGACAACGGCCGUAUAUUUUUAGGAACAGUUUUAAACGAAGUCUAUGAAUUCACCUAUCAAGCAAAAGAUGGUUGGUUCUCCAGGAAAUGUCAACUAAAGCGUUAUUCUAUGUCUGUGUUACCAUCGUUUAUUUUGCCGUCUUUUCUAUUUGGAUAUGGGGAUGACGGAAAGGAUCCGAUCAUGAAAAUGUGUGUCGACAAAAGCCGGAAUAUUUUGUAUACAUUAUCUCAAAAAUCAGAAAUCAAUGUUUUUGAUCUGGGCUCGGAUGGGAAUUAUAUGAAUCAUUUGUCCACUUGUAAAUUAGAGGAACUUGCUAGAAAAGUCAACUAUGAAUAUGGAAACAACGUUAAUAAAUCUUUGUUAACGGAAAAUUUGAAAAGUAUUCACGCAUUUGAGGAAAAGGAUUCUAUAGAUGUUCAGCUAAUGGCAGUAAAUGCUGUAGGCGUUCGAUUCUACUUUAGGAUCUACUCAGCGGAUUACGGCAGACCAAGUGGUCUCAAAUUAAUACACGUUCGGCUCCCUCCUAAUGCCAGCCAACCAAUGCAAGUUUCUAAAGUUGUUGAUGUUUUAUCGUGUGGCCCUGCUCUAACUCUGUUAAUCAUGAAGAAACACGAUAAUAGUUAUUUAUCGUCGCUAUCAAAUGAUAAUUUUUCAUUUAACACUGACUUUCGAGAAAAUAUGGGUAAUAAAGCAAUAGAAGUUGAGCCUCUGUCUAUUGCUGAAAUAUCAAAUAUGUACCUCGAAAGCAAACCAAUAACUCUUGCUGAUAAUCGAAAAAAAUGCGCUUUGCCAACAUUGUUAAAGCAGCAUUAUUCAACACAGAGACAGUUUGUGAUAGUAAACACACGGGGAACUUACAUAUUUUCUCACUAUCGACCAGUCGAUCAACUAAAGCAAAUUUUAUUGGAAAAUAAUGGUCCCGAAGGAGAUAUUGUUCGAGGAUUCUUUAGCCUAAAUCAUGCACAAGCUAUGAACACUUGUGUACUACUUGCAUCGUCACUCCCAAGCAUACUUGGCGAAAAUCCGAAUGAUCAGAUGGUCAGCAAAUGGGCUGCUGAAGCGUUAUUUUUGUAUUCUAACCCUGACAAAGUCUUUCGACCGAAAACAACGGGAUAUACCGACCCAUUGCAUUCAACAUCAUUCGGUCAAAAACGUCAAGAUGGUUUACUUGAUAAGUCAGUCGGAUAUAGUUCGUUCUUGGGAAACGGAACAUCUCAACCGAAUUUCGUAGCAAGUUCACCUCUCUCGAAACAAAUGUUAACUGAUCCAGAUGAACUGUAUAGAGACGACACGCAUUUAAGUAAACAAAUGGCCUUCUACUUCUGUGUGUCUAGAAUUUUGUCAUCAAUAUGGGAUAGGUUGAUGAUUUUGAAAGAUCUUAAAGUCAAACGAACGAGCCUAUUCGCCACUGAAAAAAUUGAGUUAUGGGAUAGCAGCUUAAAAUCGGAAGAUAUUGAAUGCAUUGUUGAAUGUCUGAAAUCUGUUUUAAGUUUUAUUGAUAGAAACGUUUCCACGCGACCAGUCAUGUAUGGAAGAGAUUUUAAUGGAACUCUUAUGAAGCAAGAUUUAACUCGCUCUUUUCACGAAGAGAAAAAAACACAUUUCUUCGAUGACAAACCAACGGAUGCGUAUUCAAUUGCAGCUCUUCAACCUUUUAUUGUUCGCUGUUGUGAAGCUUUAUCACUUUGGUCCUUAGUAUGCCAUGAUAAUUUUCAAUCUCUUUUGCUUCAUUUUGAAAAAGAAGAGGAUUUUAAGAAUCACCUUCUAUCUUUAACGUUCCAAUCUUACUGCUUGAGUCAACAGAAGAGCGUAUAUAACUUGAUCAUAAAGGCUAUUACUGAAAAAUAUUUAACCGACAAUGCAGCUAUUCAAGCAAUGAGUGACAAAUUACGAACACUUUGUCCGUCAUUGUACAGUUAUGAAGAUUCUUUAUGCACUCAAGCUAAUGAAUUAUUAUUUAAUGCCAAAUACGCUCGAAAUGAAAUUGAAAAAAACGAAUUAACAGUGCAAGCCUUAGACUUGUUACGAAACGUUGGUAAAACAGUCGAUAUAGAGUCUGUCAGUGCUCAGCUAGCAUCACUAAACCAGUAUGAGGCAAUGGUUGAGCUAAUACUAUUUCUGGUUGAGAAACAAGAUCCUCACAAUCUUGCCCUCCAUUUUUAUAAUUCCGAAAUGCCGAUAGGGGACGUUAACGGUCAGAACGCUUAUUCAAUGAGAUUAUCGUGUUACAAAUGCAUAAUGGACACAUUGAACCAAUUGUGUAGCAGCACGCAAACUAACAAGCAACAACCUCCUUCACCAAACUUCAACGGAUCCACUGUUCAGAAUGAAGAUCCGAAAUCCGAGGAAAUGCUAACAAUUUCAGUUGAGAAAUUGUACAGAACGAUAUUAAAGUGCAACGAUGAAUUAAUGCAUUAUACUCUGUAUUCUUGGAUUAUAGACAAUAGCAUGAUGGAAAAACUACUGGAUAUUGAUUCUCCUUUCCUCGAAAAUUUUCUUAAAUCUAAAACUAUAAAGGAGCCGGAAAACGUUACUGUUGUUGAGGCUUUAGCCAAAUAUUACGAAAAACAACAAAACUAUUCAAUGGCUGCUCGUGUUUUGAGCAUUUUAGCUGAGAAAGAAAAUAAAAAUUUAAAGCUAAAAGACAGAGUGUCGUAUCUUUCCAAUGCAAAAUUAGCAGCAAAAUGCUGUAGAACAAUUAAGAGUGACCAAUCUCUUGGUCAAUUUAUUAACGAACUGGAGGAUAAACUCGAAGUAGCAACUCUUCAGUUGCAAAUUGUUGAUUUAUUGUAUAAAAUGAAAAAUUCUAAAAAUUAUCAUCCGAAGAUCGAUCAAAUCUUGGAAAUAGCGGAUACGCAGCUGCUUGAUUUGACGACGCUUUAUUCGGAUAUUGCCGAAAAUCUAAAUCUAACAGAGUGUAAAUUAGCUAUCUUUCAUUGUGCCGGUCAUAAUAAUCAAGCUGAAAUAAAUAACCUCUGGCAAGAAAUGUUUAUAAAGGAACUAGGAACGCUAAGUAAUGAGCCAAGAGAGACGAAAAUGGCUGCCUUAAGAUAUAAGCUACAAGAGCAAUGCAGGGUGUAUGUAAACAGCGAUAUAUUUUUGAAUUUAGACUUUAUAAUACCAAUCUUAGAGGAGUUGUCUGCUGAAAAUAACUUUGACGAUUGUUACGUCUGUGAAAGCUUGGUUAUUCAUGUACCAAUUUCUCUUUUGAAAGUAUUCGAUGUUUACAGUCGCCUUUACGAUUCUAAGGAUUCAAGAAUAAAACCAAUGAAACUAAGGCUGUCUGUGGCAAUUUUAUGGAUGAUUGACUAUUUCUUAUCAUAUCCGAACUGCUUGUUGCAUCAUGAGAGACAAAACUUUGUUAUGUGCUGCAUUGAUACUGCAUCUCGCUGUCAAAUUGAACUUCAAGUUAAAAGGAGUAAUCCUGAAGUAGCAACUCUACUGUCGAAGUUUGUGUGUGCUCAGGCUAACUUGGACAAACUUACACAAUAA